AUGUCCCGCCCUACACCCCCCGCUGUCCCCCGGCCGCCCGUUCUCUCCAUCUUCGAUGAGCUGCCAAGUCCCCCUCGCUUCCGGACCUCCUCGCUACCCGCCACAGCCAGCGAGCGCCCGAUAUCGCCUGUGAACUCGAUGGGUGCGGGCGGGGUGUCCGGGCCAGUGCCCCCGACCCCGCGCCAGGUGGAUGCACAACUCGCACAGCCGCAUGCACAUCUGGACCGCACGAUCCUGCAAGAUAAGGAUCUGGAUCUGAUCGAGUCUAUGCUGUACAGCGGUGGUUCGGACGUGAGCGCGCUGCUACGCGGACGAUCCCCGCUCUCGAUGGCAAUGCUCCGCGCUACACCCGCCCCCGCAACGACGCCUCCGCCGCUUCAGCCGCCACCACGACGACGCGGGUAUACUAUCGGUAGCACCCCUAUGGGCGCGCGACCUAGACCCGAGACCGUUGCGGGGAACGCAUAUACGCAUGCGAACACAAGCACGGCGGAGAGCUUCGGGCUGCGUGCGGCAGGCAUGGGCAUGCUAUUCGCCCCGCAUCCGCCCCUGCAUCGAGCCUGCUACGCGUCCAACAAACGGCACGCAUCGUCUGCGAAAGGUUCCAUGAAAUCUGAGCGUGUCGAAAGGGCGGUUAUGAUCGCACUCGGCGAAGUCGAUACGGGUGUCUUCCAGAACUCUGGCUUAUUGUGGCAAGAGCUCGACAAAGCCGGGAAGAUGGAAUUUGACCUCUUCUGGCGUAUGCUCCUCUUGGAUGCAUACGCGCCCCAGAUCACCAGCUCGAACGCCGACCUCUACAACGUACACUAG